AUGCCGUCCGAAGAGCGUGACGUCGUCGUCGACGCUGCCGCCAGCAAUCUCUCUCGCGACAGGACUCGACGCUCCAAGGCGGACCGCAAAUCAGACAAGGAUGGCGAGCAUCGCCACAGAUCGUCCAAGACAUCACGUAGCAAGCUGGGAGGAGAUGCCGCCGACGCCGACUCGACUCUGUCGUCGACGAAACGCCAUCGCAAAAAGGACAAGGACAAGAGCGAGCGGCCAGCGUCGACGAGCGACCUUGCCGCCAGCUUGUCCAACAUUUCCUUGAUGACCCCUCGGAUUUCCCUGCCGUACCCUACCUUCAGCAAGGCCCACAGCAAGGAGGCGGUCCAUAGCCGGGAGGACUUGUCCGGCACGAAGCAAUCAAAUCCGUUGACCCCGGAGCCGACGGAUGUUGGCAACGAGGAGCGCCGAUCCAAGUCGACGUCGAAAAAAUCGUCGCGGCCCCCUAGUCCGCCCGAGACAGAUCUCGUGUCCGACAAGAGACGGGCUGAAAGACUGUCCAAGGAAAAGGCCGGCGCCAAAUCUGCUUCUCGCAACGAUGAUGGAGUCUCCAAGCUGAGUCGCAAGUCGGCCUCGUCCAGCCAGGCCACCUACGUCAAGUCCUCGAAGAACAAGUCGUCGCACGAACGACUCCGAUCUUCGUCCUCGCUGAGAUCAGCCUCCUCACGUCACUCCACCAAGCGCUCCGCACCCAUCCGAACCAGCUCCAAGAGACACGACCCUCCGGAGGAUGAAUCCUCGCCGUCGAGCGCCCAAGACUCAUCCCCGAGAACGCCAACGCCGCCUGGCCAGUUUCCCUCCAUGCAUCGCAAGGACAGGCCGGCGCCGAGACCUGUCGUCGGAGAAGCCAACGGUCCAUUCAACAAUGCCAUUCCCGCCUCGGCACCGGCCCUCGAUGUCCAAGACGCACCGCGAGUCGAUUACCUUUUGCAAAAUGGCGGCCUCGCCUAUACCGUCCCCCAACACUUCUUGUCCGUCCUGCCGCCGCCAACCGGUGCGCGAUGCUCGGGCUCGCCGCUCAACGGCGCCGAGACGCUGUUCGCGCCCUUCUUCAACCUUCUCGACCAGUAUGCGACGGUCGUUUCGAGGCAAGGCUCCAUCGCCGUCGCCACGGGCCAUCGCUCCGUCGCACGCCGUCUGCUCGAUAGGCUCGAGAAUGUCUUCUCCCGCGACCUUCCCCCGCACGGCUGCGCUUGCGUCGUCUGCGAUGGAUCCCACGAGAUUCACAGAGGACUGAACUGGGGCGACGUCCUCGAGUGGGUCUGCGGCCGCGUCGAGCUACCGCCGUGGCCGCCGUUCGAUCUCGCAGAAAUUGGUACCAAGGCAGCCGAGGACUCGGCCGACGUGCCCCGUCGGCCCGAGUCUCCCAUCAACAUGGAUCCCGACAUUGCCGAGGAAUUCAGGGAGCACUACCUUCGCCAGUCGAAAAAGGUCAGGUCCGCCGUCGACAAGUGGUUGAACAAGACGGGCGGAUCGCCCGUGCCUCUCCCUCAGGAGGUCGACGACGAGACCUUGGCCUUUGCCGUUUUGACCAGCAUGGAUCCCAAGGAUCGACCCUACUUCAGCGCCCUCCUCUCCGGAUCUCGCGAGCUAAAGUCGUUUAUGCGCGGCUCGAUCCCUGGCUUCCAGACUCGCAGCGAUUUCAUCGUCAAGUGCGGUCUAUCCCUUCAGCGGCUGUACCGGCUGCAGCAGGCACCGCGCGAUGCCGAGUCGGCCAUGUAUCUCGUCAAGAACCCGCACACGCACGACCUGCUUGUCACCAUCUCCAGCAUCAACAAUUCGGAAUGGGAGAUCCUCACCUCGGGCCGUUUCGACGGUUUCCUGUGGUCAGGCGCCGACGCCGACGGCGGCACGUCCGAAGCAUCGGCCGGCGCGUACCUCGGAAGCCGAUCAACCAUGAGCCCGGGACUCCAGACACCACCGGCCACGGGCUUCAGAAAUGCAAAUCCGCACUCUCCGUACUUUGCGCAGGAACCCUCACCGGCGUCGUUUGUCAGCCUCGCAUCGUCUGGCCUUCCUGGUGGGAAGCAGCCCGUGUCCAACGACGAGGAGAUGGAGAUGGAAGCCGCCGCCGCCAUCGAACGGGAAAUAUACCUUGGCAUGGAAACGCUCGAGGAUGCGUUUGAAAAGCUGCAUCAAAAGGCCGAGAUGGUCCGCACGGCCCUGCGACUGCGAGGAGCCGGCCUGAUGCACAACAUCCAAAACCGCCGACGCCUGAGCGUGCCCCGGAACGCCGGCCCUGACAACGGCCAGACCGGUGCGGAUGAACGGCCCACAUGGGAGGCUGGGGGUGAGGCCGACGGCGGAAGCGAUGACGACUGGUGCAUGGACGAUGCGGACAUAAUGCCCGAUGAUUCGGCUAGUAACAUCAGCAGCUCCAGGCACAGACGCCCCAAGAGACGCACAGAACGGCGCACACCUGCCGUCAUCGAGGAAGAUGACGAGGAGUGA